UCGUUCUCCUCAACACGAAUGAGGGAUACGAAGACCUGGUUGGCAUCGACUGUAGACUUUUACCACCUCCACUGGAUAAAACAUCACUACCUCCCACUAGGGAAGCUUUAUUCCGACCAACCAUUUCCAUCAUCAGCAAGUACUGCCACCACCUCCUCUAUCCCAACGCUCAGAACGGCUCAGCUGUUUCUGUUUACCAAACAAAGAAGACCCAGCAGUUGAACGGUGGGUCGCGAACUUGCACGUUCGUGUUCCGUGUUUUAACGCAACACGUCAGAACGUCACCCAUUCUGAUUUUCCUGCUUUCUUGGUAGUUCAUGAUUGGGAUUAUUUACAAAGCACACUAAUCAUUUUAAGUGAUAGAAGUUGAUCUCAUGUGGAAAAUUAUUAAUUUAAUUUACUUUAUCUUAUUUUCUAUUUCUUUUUGUCUUAUUUUCGAAGUGAAUUAUAUCACACAUUCUUAAGACUCUGCUGCUGAUGCGUUCCCAUCGUGAAAUCAGUGGAGUAGUAGUAGAAGAAGAAGAAGAAGAAGAAGAAGAAGAGGAAGAGAAAGAAGAAAAAGUAGAAGAAGGUUAGAAGAUUUGUGAGGAUCUAAGUGCAAUAUAACCAAGAGGAAUAAGACACACAGCAAAUGUUGUAAGAAUGCCGUCGUUAUUGGAAGCCUUAGAGCUGAAGUACGGUAGCUCAACAACAGAAUGUUCGUUGACAGACGACGAAGGAGAAUCUGGUUCACCUAAAGCAGCACUUUCGGUCAGUAUAUUCAUUCCAAAAAAAUCACCACGUCACACGGUACCAGCAUUGCUGGUACUACAAGAUUGCGAUAUCGAAUGUGCCGGUAAUGACGAUGAAAAAUUACGUAACAAGUGUAAGAACGUUGAAGAAUUGGACUUAGCCCAAAACAAAUUGUCACAAUGGACCGAAGUAUUUGGUAUACUUCAACACAUGCCCAAAAUCAAGUUCGUUAAUUUAAGCUUCAAUUGUUUAGCCGAAGUAUUAGAAAUCAAGCAUGGUAAUUACGAUUUAUUGAGAAAUUUGGUGUUAAAUGGUACCAGAGUUUCAUGGUCCACGGUACAAGGAUUGAUACGUUUGUUACGUAAUCUAGAAGAAUUACAUUUGUCCUUGAACGAAUAUAAAACGGUUGAUUUGGAUUAUAGAAAAGUUGAUAACGUUAAUAGAUCGUUAAAAAAAUUACACUUCACUGGUAAUCCUGUAGAAGUUUGGAACGAGAUAUCAAAAUUGGGAUACGUUUUUCCAAAUUUGGAAAGUCUCGUAUUAGCCGAAUGUCCAAUAAGAUCACUGAGACUCGAAGAAAAUCGUAAUUUACUUACCAGUGAUCGUGAAGAUUUGUUAAGGAAAAAUGAUGAUCAUCCUUCGGAAAAUUGUAUUCAAGAUAAUGAAAAUAUGAAUAACGUUGACGAUGAAGAACUCAUGUCAUCGGUUGGUGAUACCGGUAAUAAUCAUAUUAUCACCGAAAACAAAGUCAGUUAUGAUAGAUCGGAAUCGGAAUCAGAAUCGAGUAACAAUAAAGUACCUUCACCACAUGAUCCAUUCAGAAUGCUUAGGUUUUUAAAUAUGAAUGGAACUUUACUUGGAACAUGGGAUGAAGUUGAACGACUGUCCAGAUUUCCAGCAUUGAAAUCUUUAAGAAUUCACAGCUGUCCAUUAUUCGAAAGUCCUCGAGAAUACACGGAACACGAAAGACGUCAAUUGUUAAUAGCAAGGCUUCCCAAUGUCGAAACAUUAAAUGGCGGUGGUGUGAUUUCGUCCCAAGAACGCGAGGACGCUGAAAGAGCCUUCAUUCGUUAUUACAUGGACAAACCGGAAGCUGACAGACCAGAAAGGUAUUCCGAGCUUGUGGCUAUUCAUGGGAAAUUGGAUCCCUUAGUACAUGUUGACCUAACACCAGAGAAGAGGGUCAAGGUGACGUUCACUUAUGGAGAUCUUGUUGAGGUACGAUCGGUAGAUGUAUAUAGAACGGUUUUCGAAUUAAAAACUAAACUGGAAUCUAUGGUGAAAAUUCCUGCUAAUAGGAUGAGACUCUUCUACGUUGAUCAAGUGAUGAAGGGGCAUCAUGGACCCGAAGAAAUGUUGUAUCCAAACAAACAACUAUAUCGAUACAACAUAAGCAAUGGUGACGAGAUAAUAAUUGAUAGUAAAUUGAAUAGAUGUGCAUCAGCACCAUCAAGUACGUCUUCCAUAAGAUCCUGAGAAAAAACAACUCAAGAUAUGGUAACUUCCUAAAAUGAUCGAUCAUUUUUCUUCGAUAAAAAUCGAUCUUCUUCGUCAAUCGAUAUGAAUCAAUGAACGAAACUAAACAAAAUGAUGAAUGAAAAUAAUAAACGUUUGUUUAUUUUUCCUGGACACGAAUAAUAAUAAUAAUAAUAAUAAUAAUAAUAAUCAUAAUAAUUGAGAAUCAAACAUCAAGAAACAUUCUUAUAUCAAUGAAUUCUCGAAUUUUACGAGAAAAUGAGAUUAAUCAUUUAAUGAUUUGAAACAAUUUGCAAUAUAUUAAAAAAAAAAAAAAAGAGAUUGUUAGUUGGUAAUUUGUAAACGAAAUUCGUCAUUUACCAAUUGGUGUAAAUCGUUUUUAAUGAAAAAUAGAUGAAAUAAUUAGAAAAUAAUGAUGAUGAUGAUGAUGAUGAUUGAAUGAUCAUUUUGAUAGAUGAAAUACGAUUUAAAAUGUAGAU